CAGAAGUCCCUAGCAGCUCUGUCGUCUUCGAUCUGCUUCCCGGAAGCUCCACCCCUUCUGGGGCGGGCCAAAGAAGGCCGCUUCCGGGAGCUCUCCCUACGCCUGAGCUGUUGCCACAACGACGGAGCUCCCGUCGUGCUUCGCGGCGGGGGGGUUCAUGGCGCCGAGGUUGCAUCUGUUGCUGCUUGUGCUCGGGACGCUGACGGCUCCCGCUAGGCCCAGUCCUGGAGAAGGGGGCGACGGAGGGUGGCAGCGGCGCGGCCCUGGGGCGCCGGUGGCCAUAGCGGAAGAAGAGCACUGCACCGUGGAGCGCCGGGUCGACCUCAGUUACGCCGAGUUCAUUCAGCAAUACGCCUUCUCCAGACCUGUCAUUCUGCAAGGGCUCACAGACAACUCAAGGUUCCGGGCUCUGUGCUCCCGCAAAAGGCUUCUGGCAUCUUUUGGGGACAAUGUGGUUCGGCUGAGCACUGCUAACACCUACUCCUACCAGAAAGUGGACCUACUCUUCCAGGAGUAUGUGGAGCAGCUGCUGCACCCCCAGAACCCCACCUCCCUGGGCAAUGACACCCUGUACUUUUUUGGGGACAACAACUUCACUGAAUGGGCAUCACUUUUUCGGCAUUACAUUCCACCUCCAUUUGGUCUACUGGGUACCACUCCUGCUUACAGCUUUGGGAUUGCAGGAACUGGCUCUGGGGUGCCCUUCCACUGGCACGGGCCCGGGUUCUCAGAAGUGAUCUACGGACGAAAGCGCUGGUUCCUGUAUCCCCCUGAGAAGACACCCGAGUUCCACCCCAAUAAGACCACUCUGGCCUGGCUCCAGGACACCUACCCAGCCCUGACACCAUCUACACGACCCUUGGAGUGUACAAUCCAGGCUGGUGAGGUUCUUUAUUUCCCUGACCGAUGGUGGCAUGCCACACUCAACCUCGACACCAGCGUUUUCAUCUCUACCUUCCUCAGCUAGCCAGAACAGGCAGCUGGCGAGCCCAGUCG